AUGGCACCAGGCAAAGCAACAACACUAACGAAAACAGAAUUAGAAGGAUAUUUACCCUCAAAGAAGAAGUACAAAGAAUUAGACGAGUCCGCCUGGGCGGGUUGCGGUUAUAAUUUUAAAAGUGAUAUAGAAAACGCCAUAGAGAAUUUUAGCAAUAUUAAGGUCAAAGCAGACACUAUUAAGGAAGCAGUUGAUAACAUCUGCCAUAUGAUAAGUUCAGGGAAGGAGGUAGAUGAGUCCUGUGAUUAUUUUUAUUUUUGGUUAGGUGAUAAAAUUUUUGAUGGAGUGGAUGAUUCUACUUUUAAAGGGGCAAUGAAAAGCAUCUAUGAUAAGGUGAAAGGGAAGGCUGCCUCUUUCAACUGUACAAAUAAAUACCCUACCAUUACCAUACAAGAGAAGGAUGGCCACGAUGGCACUCUUUUCCAACAUAUGAAAAAAGUACAUGACUACUACAGGGACUAUGAAAGAAUAACAUUUCAUAUAAAGGAGCACAAUUAUUCCUGCACUCAUGAUGUGGAAAGUUAUUUAGGGGACAUUAAUACAUCUUACGAAGCUAUGAAAAUAGAAUGUCCUACGGAGGAGGGCGCCAAGCCAUAUUGUAGGGACUUCAAAAGCUGGUUCAAAAAUCCUGAAUAUAAGAGUCUGUUAGAACGGAAGUGUAAAGCAGAAACUGCAUUCGGAGAGAAAGUAAUCAGGCAGCAUGCGGGCUCCUUUGCAGGUCAAGGGAGCGAAUUACUGCAUAAUCCUGGAACGGCGGUAGAACAACCCCGUUCAAAUGACACACUCACCUCCUCUUCCGGGAAUAGCAUUGCUGCCGUGUCCACUAUAUUACCCACAUUAGGAAUUGGCACCUUCAUCACAUUCCUCUUAUAUAAAGUAAUAAUUAUCAUAGAACAAUGUGCAUAUGAAAUGUGA